AACCAAUUCUCCAGAUCGGACACCUCGCUCGUCUUGUUCCCCCAAAUUCCCACUGUUCACUCCCGUGGUCCGCUAGGGUUUCCGAGGUAGCUCCUCGUCCCCCGGCGGCAGGAUGGGCGGCGGCGCGGCGGACCAUGGCCAGGCCAGCGCCCACCCUCGCCCGGAACCGGCCGUCCCCGAGCACCGGCGCAAGAAGCGCCGUGCUCGUCUGCUUCCACGGCGCCACGGCGUCCAGGAGAUCCCCGAUGAGCUCGUGGCGGAGAUCCCCGACGAGCUCGUGGCGGAGAUCCCCGACGAGCUCGUGGAGGAGAUCUUCCUCCGGCGGCCCAUCCUAGCCGAUCUGGUCCGCGCCUCCCUCGCCUGCGUCUCCUUCCGAGGCCUCAUCGCCGACCGCUACUUCCUCCGGCGCCUCCGCAAGCUCCACGCCCCACCCGUCCUCGGGUUUCUUAACGGAUACCGAGAUUUCUUCCCCGUGAUCCCGCCUUCUCCUUUCGCGUCCGCAGCCAGCGCCGUCGCCCUCGCCGCCGACUUCUCCUUCUCCUUCCUGCCCGCCCCCGCCCGCGACUGGAAGAUCCUGGACGUCCGCGACGGCCGCGUCCUCCUCAAGAGAUCUCCCUCUAGCUGCCAUAAUCGUCCCCUGGUGGUGUGUGACCCCUUAUACCGGCGGUACCUCCUGCUUCCCCCAAUCCCUUCAGUCGAGGAGUGGGUUCCUCACUCGAAAAAAAAGAAAAAGAAAAAAAAAGUGGUGUGGGUUCCUCGUAAACUGCAGUGCUUCCUUAAAGUGCAGGAGGAGGCCGCAGAAGAGACAUCAUUCACAGUGAUCUUGAUUGCGAAAUCCGGAGAUAAGCAUACCGCUUUUGUCUUCUCUUCCAGUACGGGACAAUGGCGAGCUGGUCCAUGGACACCAUGGACUGCAGAGUUUUCUUUGGCUUUCUUCUCCUACCUCCGGUACGCAUAUGGCUGCUUCUACGGGGUGACAGAGUGCACCGAAAAGUUGCUUGUGCUUGACACCCGGACAAUGGAGUUCUCAGUUGCUGACCUCCCACCUGAAGCAAGAGUAGAAUCUGUGGAUAUAGCCAUUGUGGAGGCAGGGGAAGGCAUCACUGGGAUGUUUGUGCUUCCACAUCUCACAUCUCACAUCAGUUAUCUGAUUAGGCAAAACAAUGGUGGGAGUUCCAGCCAGUGGCGGUUGGAGAAGACAAUCCGACUGGAUUCUUGUUGGUACAGUUUCACAAAUUCAACAGGGAGGCACUUGCUCUUGUUUCAUUCAGGAAGCUCAUCGCUCGAUAAAGGCACUUUCGCGCUGGACAUCCAGACAUUCCAGCUUGAGAAGGUGUUUGCAACACCUGGCAAACCCAUGCCAUAUGUAUAUAGCAACUUCCCACCAUCAUUGCUAUCGUCCCCAACAAUAUCGAGUGCUGCUUCAUAGUUCAUUAUUCUGAUCGGAGAUUGCACAUGAGGAGAUGUUGGAACAAGGCUUGCGCUGCAGUGCUCAAGCACAUAGUCAGCUUGGUCAGAAUAGUGCUGAUGCUAAUGCUGGAGGUCCGGCUGAUGUGUUUGAGUAUUGAAGAUGGUGCCGAGUGUUUUUUGGUCUUCUUGCGAUGUAUUUCAAGUUGGUCUGUAAUAUGGUCAUCCUGAAGGGGAGAACCUGUAGUAUUUUAUCUUGUGUUCCUUAAUCCAACAUUGAUUGUUGUGUUUGUUUGUCAGCGAGAGCAUUGAUGGUGUUUAGUUUAUGGAAUCAUUAGUUGAACUAAGACUUUGUAAGAAGUUGUGGAAUGGAGCUUGUGAGGUACUUAUUUGGAAUUAA